CAGGCGUAACAUAAACCGUUUAUGUAUAAUUUAUGGGUAUUGCGUUUGCAUACGUCUGAUCGGUUUCAUGAGGUACCCGAGAGUACUCGGCUGCCAGAACUCAACGUAAGCCAUAGUCUUCAAUGAGCUGGAAAGGAUUUAAAAAAGGAAUUGUGCGUGCGCCGCAGACUUUCCGGAGCAAAUUUAACAUUGGUGAAAUUACUCGGGAUCCAAUCUACGAGGAUGCUGGACGUCGGUUUAAAAGUUUGGAAGCUGAGACGAAGAAGCUCUCUGAUGACUCGAGAAAGUAUACCGAUGCUGUGAACGGUAUGCUGAAUCACCAGUACGAGUUUGCUCAGGCUUGUAUUGAGCUCUAUAAACCAAUUAGUGGACGUGCUUCUGAUCCAGAAUCCUACGAGAACGAGGGAAAUGCUGCUGGAAUUGAAGCCGCUGAGGCUUAUAAGAAAGCCGUUGUGGAAGUGAAGGCCGAACUGGCUUCAGAGUUAGACGUAAUUGAGGCUCGUAUUGUCAAACCUGCUCAGGCUUUGAUUACUGUAAUUCGAGCAGUGGACAAGUUGCUUGUGAAACGUGAUCACAAGCAAUUGGACUAUGACCGUCAUCGUUCGAGUUUGAAGAAGCUUCAGGAGAAGAAGGAUCGUUCUUUGAAGGACGAAAAACACUUGUACCAAGCCGAGACUGCGUUUGAGCAAGCUUCCCAAGAAUAUGAAUACUACAAUGACUUGUUGAAGGAAGAGCUCCCUCGUCUCUUUGAGCUGGAGACUGAGUUCAUUGCUCCUUUGUUCCGUGCCCUCUAUUUCAUGCAAUUGAAUAUCUUCUGGACGCUGUAUGAAAAAAUGAAUGUCUGUGACAUUGCUUAUUUCAAUCUCAACACCGAUAUUGUUGAGGAGUUCGAGGCGAAGCGUGGAGAUGUGCAAGCUCGCACAGAGGCACUCACCAUCACACACUUUAAGACCGCAAAACCGAUUCGCAAGCUUGGUGCUCCUGGAUCCAGCUCAUCGCCUAAGAAUAGCAAUGACUCUAGUAGACCGGUCUAUCCUAGCACCGACUCCAGCAAACCGGCCUACAAUAGCAGUUCGAAGGCCACCGAAGCGGCCAUGGACUCGAUGAGUGCUGGUGUUGAGGCGCCUCCUUCAUACUCAAUCGUUUCUUCCUCUUCUUCUCCUUCCUUCACAGCUAAUGCCCCCCCUUCGACCGCCUCGUCUGCAGCCUUUGGUACGCCUCCUGCAUAUGUGGACGCAUCCCCUAUCCAACAUGCUCCUGCAGCAGCUGCUGUCCCUCCUCCUCCGCCUCCCGUUCCUGCAAAACCAGCUGUCCCUCGUGCAGAGAUUGUUACCGCUCUGUAUGAUUACACUGCUCAAGCUCCUGGUGAUCUUUCCUUCCAAGCUGGUGAUCGCAUUGAAAUUGUCAGUCGUACCAACAAUCAAAAUGAAUGGUGGAUUGGUCGUUUGAAUGGAGCCGAGGGCAAUUUCCCCGGUAACUAUGUUCAGCUUUAAACUGGCCGAUCUUCCAAGCACAUGAUGCAUCUUUAAAGGCAUCCGUAAGUCUUGCCGGUUUUAAACAAUGUUUUACAUGUGGAUUUGGACAUCUUGCACAUAGUCCUUUUUGGUCAGGGGGACAAGCUUCAGCUUAACAUUCCUUAAAACAUUCCGAAAACUGUGUGUGUGUUCAAUUUUGUUUUUUGUCAACGGCUGUUAGAUUUUGGCAACCGCGUCCGGAUUUUUCGUCCGGCUUCAUUUCGUUUAAAUCAGCUGUGUUCUUAUUAAUGAACUAUUACAUUUUCAUG